CUUAGGCUAACCAACCAUCGCUCAUCUUUGGAACCCCUCCACCCAUCUGAACCUCCCCAACCAACCCCGCUUCGCCAGUCUCUGCGACUCUGUGACCAUGGCCUACUACGACGGGCGCCAGUAUUCUUCCCGCCCUCCUGCUGGCUAUAACCCCGACUACUAUCCCCCCCCAUCUCGCCAUCAAACCGACGUCGUGCGUCAUCAUCGAGAUGGCAGUGUCGAGUCCUUCGAGGCUGUUCAUCGCGACUAUCCCCCCGCCGAUUAUGGCUACGAGUACGGCUACGGGAUUCCCCCGCAAGGAAAACCCACCCGCGCGUCCACCGUCCACGAAAGUGUGCGACGCUCCCACUCUGUGAAUCCCCGCGACCCUUAUUACGACGACGGCUCGGACUACUAUCGGCCCUCACAUCGCCGCUCUAGACGCCAUGACGACCGACAUGACCGGGGAAGAUACUCCCGAUCCCCCUCCGACAGUCGUUCUCCCCCACCGCGCCGACGAAAGUCCAUCUCCGAGCAAGCCCUGGGAGCGCUCGGGUUAGGAUCCCUUGCUUCGUCGGGCUCGAGACAUCGGGAGCGCGGCCGCUCGCAGGCCCGCGAUCGCAAAUCCUACUCCUAUUCGCCGUCUCCGACUCGCUCGCGGAGUCGCCAUCGGCGCGAGAAGAGCGAGCAACGUAUCGCACAGGCGAUGCGGGCCGCUCUGACCGCCGGAGCCAUCGAGGCAUUCCGCGUCCGCAAGGACCCUGGGGAGUGGACCGGUGCCAAGGGGAAGCGGAUCUUGACCGCUGCCAUCGCGGCCGGGGGCACGGAUGGACUGGUGGACCGCGAUCCCAAGAAGCACUCGAAGCGUCAUGUCGUUGAAUCGACCCUGGCCGGACUCGCCGCGAACCAUUUUCUGAACGGGCCGCGAUCCCGCUCCCGAUCCCGCGGCCGGCACCAUGGCCGUUCCCAGAGCAACGGUGGCGUGAAGAAUCUUGCGGCCACAGGCGCCUUGGCUGCGAUCGGCAAGGAAGCAUACGAUCGGUUCCGCUCCAGGUCCCGUCCCCGGGACCGGAGUCGGGGCCGGUCUCUCUCGCAGGACAGCUACGAUGACCGUCGCCCGAGGCCGCGGAGCAAGAGCGUUUCGGACUACAUCCACAAGGGGAUGGAGGCGCUGGGCCUGAGCGAGAAGGACCACCGCCGGGACAGCCGGGACCGAGACGGCCGCCACUCGUCCCGCCGCGAUGAUUACCCCGACGACUAUAGCGACUAUGAGUAUCGCCGUCACCGAAGCCCACGGCGCGCCCGGCAUUCUAGAGAUGUGAGUCGACCAAUUGUUCACGCCGACGAAGCUGGCUAUAGCCGUACCCGUGCCCCGGACGAGCCCCGCUCCAACAGCACCGAGGAUUGUGACUCUGACUUAGGCAGCAGUACCGAUGAGGAGAAGCGCCAGAAGAAACUAACGCGCAAGACGCUGGUCAAGACCGGCCUGGCGACCGUGGCCACCAUCCACGCCGCCCAUGAGCUCUACGAAAACAUGGAAAAACACAAGAAACGAGCCGAGCAGCUCCGCGAGGGCGAGAUCACCCCGGAGGAGGCCCGCCGCCGCCGCCUGAAGGCCAACCUCGGCGAUGUCGCCAGCGUGGGCAUCGCCGCCUGGGGCAUCAAAGGCGCCGCCGAAGAAUGGAAACACGCGGCCGAGCUCCGCAAGGAGCGCCACAAGUUGCGGGAGGAGUGCGACCAGAAGCGCGAACGCCGCCACCAGCGCGCGCAGAGCCACGCGGGCUAUGACCAUCACCGCCAACCGCGGACCGUCUACCCCGAUGAGAUCGAGGAGCACCACCCGUCCGAGUAUGGGUCCACCCCGAGCCUUCGGUCCCGGUCGGCCGGACGGUCGGGCCGAGUGCCCAUGGCGCAGUAUGCUUGAUUGAUUGCUCCUGUUUGGGAUGGGAGGGAGACUUGAGGCAAUCCAGGUCGGUCAAAUGUCCCUGUUGGGUGGCUGGAGUGUGUAGGAUGUGUGGGGUGCGAUGAUAUGAUGAUGAUCUUAUGACUUGAUGAUAUUUUCGAGACGUGUCUGUCUUGAUUUGAUGUAUUUUACUUGUCUUCCGGGUGCUUUGGUUUCGUGGCUUUGGUUUGUGUUGCGUGCGGCUCUACUGAUGAUGGACUGAUGAUGGACUGAUGAUGGAACGCCGGGGCAAUCUGCUCUGUUAUUGAUGAUUGUUUUAUACUCGGGAUAUUCAUAACAUUACCGGAAUUGGCUCGGUACUUCUCGACUGGCCGAUCUACAGUAGGCACAUACGUUCU